GAGAGAGAGAGAGAGAGAGAGAAAGAGAGAGGGGGAGAGUGAGACAGAGAUGCCAGGGUGUAUUUUAAGCAAGAGUUAGUUAAUGAGAAACCUGGUUUUGUUGUUGUGGUGUGUGUCUGCGUGAUUGUCCGUGUCUGCGUGUCCGUGUGCACGUGUGUGUGUGUGGGGCGGAAGGCGUGUAUCGAUCCCGGUGUGGAUUGCAGGCGUGUUCGUUGGCAGUGAGCGGGGCGUCAGCAUGCGUGUGUCUGGGAGCCGCCAACAUGUAUGUGAGCUAUCUUCUGGAUAAGGAGGGGGGCAUGUACUCGGGCCCCGUCAGACAUGCUGGCCUCAAUCUCAACGGACAGAGCUUUGGCCCCCCACCCCCCGGCCCCCCACAGUACUCUGACUACCCGGGCUACCCCCCCCACAUCCCAGGGCUGGCCGUAGACACUCCCCAAGGGCAGCCAGCAGCAGCCUGGGGUUCCCCCUACAUCCCAGUCCCCCGUGAUGACUGGCCGGGGUACGGACUCUCCCCUCCCCCUGGUAGCGGCCCCCUCCCCUACGGACCUCUGGACUUUGCCCCACCACAGCCCCAGGGGCCGGCCGGGGGUCUCCUGCCCUCGCUGGUGACCCCCCUCUCCCCCCACUCCCCAAAACGCAACCCUUACGAGUGGAUGAGGCGUGAACUGCAGAUCAACCCUCAAGCCAAGACCAGGACGAAAGACAAGUACCGUGUGGUGUACACGGAUCACCAGCGGCUGGAGCUGGAGAAGGAGUUUCACUACAGCCGCUACAUUACCAUCCGCAGGAAGUCCGAGCUGGCUCAGUCACUGGGGCUCUCCGAACGGCAGGUGAAGAUUUGGUUCCAGAAUCGCCGGGCGAAGGAGAGGAAGAUGACGAAGAAGAGACAGCAGCAGCAGAGCCAGCAAGCGAGCAGCAGCACGUCCAGCCCCAGGGCCGGGCUGGUCAGUAGCAGCAGCAAUCUCAUCCCCCCACCCAUCCCUCUCAACAUCAAGGAGGAGUACCUUCCCUAACUUCACUUUAGAGAUACCGCGUGGAAACAGACCCUUCGGCCCACCGCGUCCGCGCCAACCCGCGAUCACCCCGUACACCAGCACCAUC